AUGUUGAGUCUUCGUUCUGUGGCCUUGAAGUCUUCUGUUAGACCUAUGCUAGCUGUAGGUGCUCGUCAAGCUGCAAUUGGUGCUCGUUUCUAUUCUACACCUGCUCCUCAAGAACCAAAGGAUAAAGCUACUUCUAUAAUCAAUGCUUUACCUGGUAACAGUAUUCUGUCGAAGACUGGUAUUUUGGCUACAUCAGCUGCCGCUGCUGUCUAUGCCAUCUCUAACGAAUUAUAUGUUGUCAACGAUGAAACCAUUUUAGUUUGUACUUUCUUAGGUUUCACCACUUUAAUUGCCAAAUUAUUGGCACCAGCUUAUAAAGAUUUUGCUGAUUCAAGAGUUAAGAAAGUUUCUGAAAUUUUAAAUACCUCUAGAACUAAACAUGUAGAUGCCGUUAAGGAAAGAAUCGAAUCCGUUUCUGAAUUGAAGAACGUCACUGAAACUACAAAAGUCCUAUUCGACGUUUCAAAGGAAACUGUCGAAUUAGAAGCCAAAGCUUUUGAAUUGCAACAAAAAGUCGAUUUAGCCACUGAAGCUAAGUCUGUAUUGGAUUCUUGGGUUAGAUACGAAGCUUCCAUUCGUAAAUUACAACAAAGACAAAUCGCUGAAUCUGUUAUCGCUAAAGUCCAAGCUGAAUUAGCUAAUCCAAAGUUCCAAGACAAAGUAUUGCAACAAUCUUUAACUGAAGUUGAACAACUAUUUGCUAAGGCUAAAUAA